GGCUCCAAUGGCGCUUUCUACAAGGCAUUUGUAAAGGAUGUUCAUGAAGAUUCAAUAACAGUUGCAUUUGAAAACAAGAGACCCCACCAGCCCAGUGCAUGCUGAUAUGUCAUCAGCCGCUACCCAUGGCAGGAAUUGACCACCUCGUGGGAUCUAAAAUUUAACAGGGGAAAACUGGCAGCCAGAGAGGCAGAUUCCAUUCCAUGAUGUGAGAUUCCCACCUCCUGUAGGUUAUAAUAAAGAUAUAAAUGAAAGUGAUGAAGUAGAGGUUUAUUCCAGAGCAAAUGAAAAAGAGCCUUGCUGUUGGUGGUUAGCUAAAGUGAGGAUGAUAAAGGGUGAGUUUUAUGUGAUAGAAUAUGCAGCAUGUGAUGCUACAUACAAUGAAAUUGUUACAAUUGAACGUCUAAGAUCAGUUAAUCCCAACAAACCUGCUACGAAAGAUACUUUCCAUAAAAUCAAGCUGGAUGUGCCAGAAGACUUAAGACAAAUGUGUGCCAAAGAAUCGGCACAUAAGGACUUUAAAAAGGCAGUUGGUGCCUUUUCUGUAACUUAUGAUCCAGAAAAUUAUCAGCUUGUCAUUUUGUCCAUCAAUGAAGUCACCUCAAAGCGAGCACAUAUGCUGAUUGACAUGCACUUUCGGAGUCUGCGCACCAAAUUGUCUCUGAUAUUGAGAAAUGAAGAAGCCAGUAAGCAGUUGGAGAGUUCAAGGCAGCUUGCCUCAAGGUUUCAUGAGCAGUUUAUCGUACGAGAAGAUCUGAUGGGUCUAGCUAUUGGUACUCAUGGUGCUAAUAUUCAGCAAGCUAGAAAAGUACCUGGGGUCACUGCUAUUGACCUAGAUGAAGAUACCUGCACAUUUCAUAUCUAUGGAGAGGAUCAGGAUGCAGUAAAAAAGGCCAGAAGCUUUCUUGAAUUUGCUGAAGAUGUCAUACAAGUUCCAAGGAACUUAGUUGGCAAAGUAAUAGGAAAAAAUGGAAAACUGAUUCAGGAGAUUGUGGACAAGUCAGGAGUUGUGAGAGUGAGGAUUGAGGCUGAAAAUGAGAAAAAUGUUCCACAAGAAGAGGAAAUUAUGCCACCAAAUUCCCUACCUUCCAAUAAUUCAAGGGUUGGACCUAGUCCCUCGGAAGAAAAAAAAAAUUUAGAUGUAAAGGAAAACAGCGCCCAUUUUUCUCAACCUAACAGUACAAAAGUCCAGAGGGUGUUAGUGGUUUCAUCAAUUGUAGCAGGGGAAUCCCAGAAACCUGAACUCAAGGCUUGGCAGGGAAUGGUACCAUUUGUUUUUGUUGGAACAAAGGACAGCAUCGCUAAUGCCACUGUUCUUUUGGAUUAUCACCUGAACUAUUUAAAGGAAGUAGACCAGUUGCGUUUGGAGAGAUUACAAAUUGAUGAGCAGUUGCGACAGAUUGGAGCUAGUUCUAGACCACCACCAAAUCGUACAGAUAAGGAAAAAGGCUAUGUGACUGAUGAUGGUCAAGGAAUGGGUCGAGGUAGUAGACCUUACAGAAAUAGGGGGCACGGCAGACGCGGACCUGGAUAUACUUCAGGAACUAAUUCUGAAGCAUCAAAUGCUUCUGAAACAGAAUCUGACCACAGAGACGAACUCAGUGAUUGGUCAUUAGCUCCAACAGAGGAAGAGAGGGAGAGCUUCCUGCGCAGAGGAGACGGUCGGCGGCGUGGAGGGGGAGGAAGAGGACAGGGAGGAAGAGGACGCGGAGGAGGCUUCAAAGGAAAUGACGAUCACUCCCGAACAGAUAAUCGUCCCCGUAAUCCAAGAGAGGCUAAAGGAAGAACAGCAGAUGGAUCUCUUCAGAUCAGAGUUGACUGCAAUAAUGAAAGGAGUGUCCACACUAAAACAUUACAGAAUACCUCCAGUGAAGGUAAUCGGCUGCGCACGGGUAAAGAUCGUAACCAGAAGAAGGAAAAGCCAGACAGCAUGGAUGGUCAGCAACCACUAGUGAAUGGAGUACCCUAAACUGCAUAAUUCCGAAGUUAUAUUUCCUAUACCAUUUCUGUAAUUCUUAUUCCAUAUUAGAAAACUUUGUUAGGCCAAAGACAAAUAGUAGGCAAGAUGGCACAGGGCGUGAAAUGAACACAUAUACUGCUAAAAAUUUUAUUUCAUUUUUUGGUAUUGGCCAUAAGCAACGAUUUUCAGAUUUGCACAAAAAGAUAUCUUGAAAUUUGAAAUAUUGCUUUUAAUUAUACUUAGCACUUCAGGGCAGGAUUUUAGUUUUAUUUUUUAAAGUACUGA